UUCAAGCAGUGCUCAAUAUGUAUAUUUAUUUUAUUGUUGUAUGGAUGGUGUGAGCAAUACAAUAGUUUUAGUUUGUUUUCAACUGGCAACACAAUAUUGAGUUGUUUUUUUUUCAAUUUAGUACAUUUUUGACGUUGCUAGUACUUGACGGAUUUAUCAAGAUUUUUUCAAUGUAAAUGUAGUGCUUAUUAAGAUAUUCUAUAGUUGUAGGAUUAUUCAAUAUGUUUAAAUAAGCACAAUAAAAGCGAGGUCCAUUCAUGACGCCCACGAAAACGGUCGAAGUAGAAAUGGUGGUGAUACGGAACAGAAAAACUGUUAUGAAAGACGGGAUCAUGACGAUGUCGGGGAUCGGAGAGCCUUCCGUGUUCCACGCGCUGGUGGUGAUCUUCCUGGAGUUCUUCGCGUGGGGCCUGCUCACGAUGCCCAUCAUGACCGUGCUCAACGCCACGUUUCCCGAACACACGUUCCUCAUGAACGGUCUGAUUAUGGGCAUCAAGGGCAUUCUGUCGUUCCUGUCGGCGCCGCUCAUCGGCGCGCUGUCGGACGUGUGGGGGCGCAAGUUUUUCCUGCUGGUGACGGUGUUCUUCACCUGCGCGCCCAUCCCGCUCAUGACAAUCAACACGUGGUGGUUCUUCGCGAUGAUCAGCAUCAGCGGCGUAUUCGCUGUCACGUUUUCGAUCGUGUUCGCGUACGUGGCCGACGUGACGACGGAGGCGGAGCGCUCGCGCGCGUACGGGCUGGUGUCGGCCACGUUCGCGGCCAGCAUGGUGAUCUCGCCCGCCCUCGGCACCUACCUCAUGCACACGUACAGCGAGUCGCUGGUCGUGGCCGCCGCCACGGCCGUCGCCGUGCUCGACGUGUUCUUCAUCAUGGUCGCCGUGCCCGAGAGCCUGCCCGAGAAAGUCCGGCCCAGCGGCUGGGGCGCCAGCAUCAGCUGGGAGCAAGCAGACCCGUUCGCGGCGUUGAGAAAGGUCGGCGCGGAACGUACGGUGCUCAUGUUGUGUGUGGCGGUGUUCUUGUCGUACUUGCCCGAGGCGGGACAGUAUUCGUGCAUAUUUAUGUACCUGAAACUAGUGAUGGGCUUCGGUAUGGCGAAAGUGGCGAUAUUCAUCGCGCUGGUGGGCGUGCUGAGCAUCGCCGUCCAAGUGGUGCUAGGUUUCUUGAUGCGCUCGCUGGGUGCCAAGCACACCAUCAUGCUGGGGUUGCUGUUCGAGAUGAUGCAGCUCAUGUGGUACGGCUUCGGCAGCCGCUCGUGGAUGAUGUGGGCGGCCGGAGUGCUGGCCGCGUUGGGCUCGGUCACGUACCCCGCGAUCAGUGCGUAUGUGUCGGUGAACAGUCGCGCGGACAGACAGGGUGUAGUGCAGGGCAUGGUGACGGGGGUGCGCGGGCUGUGCAACGGACUGGGGCCGGCCAUGUUCGGAGUGAUAUUCUCGCUGUUUCACGUGGAUCUCAACGAGGAGCACGCGGCUGCUGGGAUGGACCGUCCGGACGAGGAGAAGUACACGCGGCUGGUGCCCGGGCCGCCGUUCGUGUUGGGUGCGCUGCUGGUGAUUUGCGCACUGCUAGUAGCGGCAUUCCUACCGGAAGACGGCACGGUGGGCGCGCGGCGCGCGUCUCCCGACCUGCGGUUCGAGAUGGAGCACGGGCGGCGCGUGGCGGGCCCGCUGUCGCCGCUCAUGGCGCCGGAGUCGGCCGCCCUCUAGCUAGCGGCCAAGGCCGGACGAGCGGCCAGCGUGUAGAUGGGCGGCGGCGCGCUGUGAUGGCGCCACGGAGAAUGCAUUUAGAAGGUACCAAAGUGAACUCUGUGAACUAAGUGAGUCCACAUUCUAUUGCACCGACCACAUUCCUGCUACCAUCUGUUGAUUUCCGCUUAAACUGCUCCCUAGCAACAAACUUACAAUCAUCACAAAGCAAUUAUUCUUGUUACUGCUGCAGCACACAUUCUGAAAGAUACAUAAGUGAGACAGUGUUGGCCAAUUGAAAGAGAUUAUGAUCAUCACAUAUACCUGUUAGACCUGUUAGAGUUUGGUGCUAGGGUGCUGAUGCUGAUACGUUCGUGUUUUUUAAACUUUAUACUUAUUUUUGUAAUAGUUUCUGAUGGCUCUUGGGAGCAUGUACAUAUUUAUUAAAAUAAAAUAAAACUAAGAUCAUUUAAAAUUAUGUUUAAUGUUUUGAGCUCAACAUCACACAAUCUUUGCUUUGUUGGAACUAACUUAGGUUGAUUCAUGACCUUUGAUUCUUUUUAAGAAUAAUAUUACUUUAUGCACAUAAGGAGUCCAUUUGAUAAUUCAAUAUGAUUAACAUUUUCCAAUAAUGAU